AUGAAUUGGCUAGAAUCAAGGCUACCGCCCCUCGUAGCGGCAUUCCCUAGCACCAUCACACCCACCCAAUGCUGUCAGGCCAUUUUCCUCCUCGCGGCCGGGGGCGUGUUGGCGGUAGCGGUCAUGCCGCGCGAUGCAAAGGCCCUCUUGAUGGAUUACGGCGCUCGAAAAGCUCAACAACAACAACAACAGCAGCAGCAGCAGCAGCAAUCGAAACGGCAAGAUAGUCGGGAUCCCGGAGAGCAACAGCAACAGCAACGAUCUCCCACGACAUCACAGCGGGAGGAUACUCGGAGUUACCUCCUUUCCCUUCUUGACGUUCUUACCGCCUGGACACAAGUUCCGCACUCCUGGUUUGGCGCCUUCUAUGCCGUGUCCGUGGCCUGCUCAGUCUUUUGGGCGAUUCAGUACUUCACCGAUGGGACCGUAUUACGGCUUGUUGUGUCCAGCCAAGCCGAGGCACAGGCUGCCGAAUCCCAGCAGCACCAGGCAACAUCGGCAACAUUUGAGCAGGUGACGCUGGGUUGGCUCUUGAUGCUUCUCCAAGGGUCGAGGCGGGUCUUUGAGCACGUAAUGGUGAUUAGGCCAUCAAAGUCAACGAUGUGGGUGGUACACUGGGUGCUGGGGCUUUUGUUUUAUCUGACAAUCAACGUGGCUGUCUGGGUGGAGGGAUCACAUGCCAUCAUGGACCCGCAGGCCCGUCACACAGAUGAUAAUGCGCACGCGCGCUGGAAAAUGGCGGCUGCUAUCCCGGUAUUCCUAUUCGCCUGGGUGAAGCAGUAUCGGUGUCACAAACACCUCGCUGGGCUGAAGAAGUAUUCAUUGCCGGAAGGCGGCAUGUUCCGCCACUACGUUUGCCCGCAUUAUACCUGCGAGUGUCUGCUGUACCUCUCCAUGGCCGUAGCCACAGCGCCUCGCGGGCAGUGGUGGAACCAAACAUUACUGUGUGCGGUGGUUUUCGUCGUAGUGAACCUCGGGGUCACGGCAGCGGGGACUCGGAAGUGGUACGCCGAUAGGUUUGGCGCUGAAUCAGUCGCGAACAAGUGGAACAUGAUUCCCUUGAUUUACUAA